GGAAAGAAAGGGAAAAAAGAGAGAGAAGGUGGAUAGGGUGAUACAGAGUUUGUCUAUUCAUCUUCGUCCUUGUUGGGUUCUUCCUUCGCAAUCACACCUCUCUCUCUCCGACAUUCGCGACAGAGACUGGAGCCAGAGAAGAAAAAGAUAAUAUAUGGAGGACGGCGCAGGAAGAGGUUUGGAAUGCCAGAAGAUUAUGGAUGGGAAGGCGAGUAACGGAAAUGGUGUAGAGAAGGAAAUUCCUUCUUGUUGUUUGAAGGCUAAGGCUUCAGCCCCUGAGUUGGAGGCGAAGUGUCAUUCCACUGUUGUUUCUGGGUGGUUCUCAGUAUCUCAAACUUGCUCUGGGAAGUCUGGGAAAGCUGUUUAUUUCAACAACCCAAUGUGGCCAGGAGAAGCACAUUCAAUCAAAGUAGAUGAGAUCUUAUACAAGGAAAGGUCAGAGUACCAAGAGGUCUUGGUUUUUGAGUCAUCAACAUAUGGCAAAGUGCUUGUGCUUGAUGGGAUUGUUCAGUUGACUGAGAAGGAUGAAUGUGCUUAUCAGGAGAUGAUUGCUCAUCUUCCCCUCUGUUCAAUUCUGUCCCCCAAAAAUGUGUUAGUUGUUGGUGGUGGAGAUGGUGGAGUUCUAAGGGAAGUAUCCCGUCACAGCUCUGUGGAAUGUAUUGAUAUUUGUGAGAUAGAUAAGAUGGUUAUUGAUGUUUCUAGGGAGUUUUUUCCGGAGUUAGCUGUUGGGUUUGAAGAUUCUCGAGUACACCUGCACGUUGGUGAUGCUGUUGACUUUCUUAGACAUGCUCCAGAAGGGAAAUAUGAUGCCAUAAUUGUUGAUUCCUCAGAUCCUGUGGGUCCUGCGCAAGAACUUGUUGAGAAGCCUUUCUUUGAGACAAUAGCUAAGGCAUUAAGGCCUGGCGGAGUUCUCUGUAAUAUGGCAGAAAGUAUGUGGCUUCAUACACACCUUGUCCAAGAUAUGAUCUCUGUUUGUCGAGAAACAUUCAAAGGUUCUGUACACUAUGCAUGGGCAAGUGUACCAACUUAUCCAAGUGGUGUGAUAGGUUUUCUUCUAUGCUCAACAGAAGGACCACCUGUUGAUUUUGUAAACCCAAUCAACCCCAUUGAAAAGUUGGAAGGUGCUAGUGAGCACAGAAGAGAACUUCGAUUCUAUAACUCAGAGAUGCACUCAGCUGCUUUUGCGUUGCCCGCGUUUCUGAAGAGGGAAGUGAGCCUGCUCCGUGAUUACUCCAUUAAGUAGCAAUGUAUGUUUGCGUAUUGUAACCCCUAAAAUAAACAAUUUUGGCUUCAUAGUCAUUCGGGGUGGUAAAACUAGUGUGGGAGAAAUAGGAACCAUGUUUGAUUACUUAUGUUAAACCAAUUAUGUGUGUGGAGUAUGGUUACUACGUUGAACUCUUUGGGCGAUCUUGGAUGGCUUCGUUUCUUUCGAUUAUUUUAAUCAUAUUAUAAGCUUUUUGCUCCACAUGCUUGUAAAACAUGCCUUACCAAUUAUUAAAUAUAUAAUAAUAAUAUACGGAAAUAAUUUGUGGUGCAAAUAUGGAUUUUGAGAUUAUAUUUCUUAUUGAAACUUCCUGUGUAUGCGAAUUUGAAGAAUUG